AUGCCCUCCAAUAAUACUGAACCACCUCUUUCGCCAGGCACCAACCAACCAUCACCCGAAAACCUUGCCCCAGGUUCCUCAUGGAAGGAUAACGAAACUCACGUCUUACCCAAGAAUCGUCUGGGGAUCGUGUUCUUUGGCCUUUGCGCAUGUGUCUUCUUAGCUGCCAUCGACCAGACCAUUGUUGCUACCGCUUUGCCCACAAUAGUAGGCCAGCUUGGUGGUGGAGAGCAGUACAGUUGGGUCGGCAGCGCUUAUCUCCUGGCAGCAGCAAGCAUUUCCCCCCUGUAUGGCAAGCUUUCUGACCUCAUUGGCCGGAAACCAAUUUUAUACUCCUCCAUUGUCAUAUUCCUGAUAGGGUCCGCGUUAUGCGGCGCUGCGCACAGCAUGACCUGGUUGAUCAUCUCAAGAGCCGUGCAGGGAAUUGGCGGCGGGGGCAUUAUUCAAUUAGUUAACAUUACAAUCAGUGACAUUGUCCCAUUACAGGAACGAGGAAAGUAUGGCGGGCUCAUAGGUGCAACAUGGGGUAUCGCCAGCGUCGUCGGGCCCCUUUUAGGUGGUGUUUUCACUGAUCAUGUCUCCUGGAGAUGGUGCUUUUUCAUCAAUCUGCCGACUGGAGGCGUUGCUGCUGCAAUACUCUUCUUCUUCUUGAAUCUGAACCCCCACCAAGGAAAAACAUUGAAGCAACAUCUGCAAGAAUUCGAUUUUCUAGGUCUAAUUUUCAUCGUGUCAGGAGUUGUUUGCUUGCUCAUUGGAUUUAAUGAAAGCCAAACGAGCUGUGAGAUGCAAAUGGUGCAAAAAUCUAUAUUUGUCAAGCUCACCUCACCCACAGGGCAUUCUGCGGUCACGAUUUCCCUUCUCGUCGUUGGUUGCGUCUUACUCGUCGUGGGAGGGAUUAAUGAAUGUUUCACAUCGCGUUCUCCAAUCGUACCGCCUCGUUUGUUCCAUACCAGAACCACCGGCAUUAUUUUAAUUACGACAUUCUUUCAUGCUGCGGCUUUCUUUUCGGGUGCUUACUACUUACCCCUGUACUUCCAAGUAAUGGGAGCUUCCGCAACUAAAGCUGGAGUCGAAAUGUUGCCAUUCUCCCUUGGAUGCGCGCUUACAUCCGCUGUUGCUGGUAUCGUUGUAUCUCGCACGGGUCAAUAUCGCCCGAUGAUGUGGGGAUCGUUUGCUGUGUUUACAUUGGGUAUGGGUUUGAUGACAAUGCUGGAUAACCAUUCAUCCACAGCUCUAAAGGUUGUCUACCCGUUAGUGGCUGCAGUUGGACUCGGAUGUCUGUUCCAGACACCCCUCAUAGGUCUCCAGGCGGCAAUGCCAAUAAAGGACAUGGCCACGAGUACAUCAACAUUUGGAUUUAUCAGAACUUUGGGCGGCACCGUUGGGAUCUCCAUUGGCCAGGCCAUUUAUUCAAGUGUUCUUGCCAAGAAAAUCAGGAGAAUACCUGGCUUGACGAUGGAUACGUCUCCUGGGGCUUUAAGCUCCAGUGUUCGUCACCUAGGAUCCAUUUCUGAUCCUAUCCAACGAACGGCUGUUAUACAGGCAUAUACCAUCUCCAUUAGUACAAUUUGGAUCGUGAUGACGCCGAUUGUGGGCGUCAGUUUCAUCAUGGUUUUAUUUUUAAGAAAGUAUACCCUCGAGCGCAUGGUCAUUCGGGUAGGCGAGGAAAAAGAAAAGGCAAAGGAUGUUGAACAGGGAUCUGCCUUGGGGGUGGCUGACGAAAAAGGAGAGGAAGAGACUCGUGUAAGCGGAGAUAAGGAUGAGCAGGAAAGACGCUCCACAAAGAAGGAGCCCUUGGAGGACGUGACGGGAAGACCGAUGACAGGCUCUACACUCUGA